UCUCCACAUGAAUCUUUCUUUUUUCCUUUCUUCCAGGUAGGCUGCUAUGCUACUAUGAAUAAGAAGAUCUAUGCCAUUGGUGGAGGAUCCUAUGGAAAGCUGUUUGACUCUGUUGAGUGCUUUGACCCAAAAACACAGCAGUGGACAGGCAUCUGUCCUCUAAAAGAGAGAAGGUUUGGCUCAGUGGCAUGUGGUGUGGGCCAGGAGCUCUACGUGUUCGGCGGUGUAAGAAGUCAAGAGGAAGACAAUCCAGAGCAAAGACAAAUGACCAGCUGCAAAUCUGAGUUCUACCAUGAUGAGAUGCGGAGGUGGAUGUACCUGGAUGACCAGAGCCUCUGUAUCCAGGCUAGUUCCUCCUUUGUGUAUGGCGCAGUGCACAUCGGAGGCAGCAUCUAUGUCGUUGGAGAUCUGGACACAGGUACCAGUUUUGAUUAUAUUCGUGAGUUUCGCCGCAGCACAGGAACGUGGCAUCGAACAAAACCUUGGUUGCCCAGUGACCUUUCCAAAACAGCCUGCGCUGCCCUGCGUAUCGCCAACUGUCGACUGUUUCGUUACCAGUUGAACCAGGGCAUGUUCAGAAUCAGAGUUUGACUCCAACAUCUGUUUUGGGGUCAGCUGUCACUCUGCCUUUGCACACUGAGACUGUUUCCAUGCUGUAGGAUCAAGCUGCAGGCUCUGAUGGUAAUCUCCUGGUUUCCUACUGUAUCUUUACUGUCAGACUUCUCGGAUCAUGUUUUAUCACAGUAUGUUUUAUUGUGGUUUUAUGUAAAGAUUUUUAUUAUGUUUCAUGCCUUUAAUUGGAAGAUGGUGUUAACCGUUGGUGUGGUCCACAUUUCUAUGUUACUUGCACAUGUACUAAUAUGUUGAUUGUUGUGCAUCUCAUUAAUCAGCUGCUCUGAUGCGCUGGUGGCCUCCAGAAACAGACAACCAACCUCAUUUCAGACUACAUGCAACUUAAAAACUACCUGCUCCUAAUUCCCAUUAUGGAUGUGAUAAGAUUAUUCCUUGCAACAAGCCCAGACAUAGCCAGCAGGUGGCAGUGGUCAGCAGGUGGCAGUCAAGUACGAGGUCUGUCCGAAAAGUAUCGGACCAUUGGCUGGGAAAAAAAAAACUGGCUUACCUGGAGGGU